AUGUUUGUUGCAUUUUUAAGGUAUUUCUUAGACGCGGUGUCAGGUAGAAGUGCAGAGGGUCAGCUUAAGUCUCACGAGGUGGAGAAGGUGAAGAAGCUGAAGCCUUGGCAAGGUCACAUUCAUCUUCGGGAGUGCGCCUUAUGCCGGAACGAGAUUGACCGGCAUGAGGUCCACUACAGUUGUCCGGAGAAGUGCCGCUUUGACGUCUGCCAGUACUGUUACAAGUCUGAAGUAGCCAAGCGCAAGUCGUCGAGUGUGAAGUUUGGACCAAACCUGAGGCAGAUAUCUGGCGACAGCUUCUCUUCCAACAAAGUCUCAAACGCGGGCGACAUCAGUGACAGCGCCUCCUCCGGGGGCUCGGCAAUGUCAUCACCUGCGAUGCCGAGACCAGUGGCACUUCCACAUCUCGGAGUGCCCGGACCGUCAGCGGAGAUGCAGAUGCGCAGCACACGCAGCACAGGAUCUACUGGCAAUCGAUCCCAGGCUGCGCGGCUCAGUCACAGAAUACGCUCCGCGAGCAUGGAGUUUAUGGAAUCCAGUUGGCAGCGCUCCGUUGAAGUCAUUUUUUGGACCUCCGUGGUUUUCAUCAGCGACUUCAUUGGCGCACUCUAUUUGCAGCAUCUCACAACUGACGAGGCAUUGGCUUUCCCAUACCCGUUCCUCACAGCUUGCUUGUCCAACCUCGUAGCCGGCAUAAUGGUCAUCACCAUCGUGUGCACUCUGUCCAAGACGGGCACGCAACAACUCGUUGGUGAGCUGGCGGCUGAGGCUGAGGUAGACAUGUGGGUGCAGCUCAUUCUCGGCGUGCUCAUCACGUGUGAGAUUGGAGCUGCCGUUAAGGUCUUAUCCAAUCAGCAUCACACGAUGGCGGCAUGGUUCUACAUGCUGACUCCGGUGACAACUAUCCUGGUUGCCAGUAGCAACUACUUUGGUAUGGAAGUGCUGCACAAGGAGCUCUUGAUGGCAGCUGGUGUUGCAUCGUUAGGUGGCAUGAUGGCGGUGCGUGGCCCUUGGCCAUCGUUGGAGGGUCUCACAAGCCUGGAAUGGGCUUGUUUGGCCGUUGUGUUCACCGUUGCACGGUGCUUGCUCACGCAGAAGGUGAUGUCUCCGGCGCAGGGAAGAAGGCCCGGCGCGCUCAUUGUUUCGAAGCUGGUGUUGCUUGCAGCCUGCACCGUCGGUGUAGAAUUGUCAUUGUACAACGAGUGGAGCGGCUUCUGGUCCAUUCCAUGGCUGCCUCAUCCUGGUCCCGUCUUUCGACUUGUGGCCGUUAUAGGCAUUUGCGACGCUUGCAGCGUCAUUGGACAUACCAGAUUGAUUCAAAUCACUUCAGCUGCGUUCGGCGCACUGCUGGUGCCUUUCCACACUGUUACUCUACUUCCAAUUGAGUCCUUGAACAGCUCCAUUUCGAUCAUCAACUGGUUGGGGCUGGUUCUCUGCGUGACAUCCGCCGUUAUGUACUUCAAGGCACGGAAAAGCAGUGCAGAACACCCUGCAGGCUACUCCACGCUCCCUCCACAAUAG